AUGCACACCACGCUGAUCCUCCGCCUCUUCUGUGUCCAUCGCAAACGGCUUCCGAGCGGUGUGUCUGAGAUGAGGGUCCUGAGGGUGACGUUGGAGUCGCGAGGGCGAGUUGGCCGUUUGGUGGUGGCUCGCAUCGGAUGGCACCGUGUCCACAACUGUGUACUGAAGAUUCGGAUAAAAUCCACUCGCGCAGUUCCUGCGAUCAAUGCGCUGCACCUUCUGUCCCGUGUCUGGACAAUGCGUGUGGUACAGAUCAGAAAACGUCUUCUUACGCAGCUAUUCCAAGAGCUCUACUGA